AUGGCAUUUUAUGCACACACAAAUUAUACUAAAAUAUUUUGACUAAACCGUCUUCUUUCUUUCUUCAAAGUUUCAAACCCAAGAACCAAGAUUCUGUUUUCUUUAUGGCUGCUCUUUGUUUAGGAUAAUUUUUUUCUUCUUAAAUCUCUUUGGGGGUGGGAUAACAAACUUAACUUUUUGGAAAAUCCGACUUGGAACCUUCUUGUUCCACCUCAGAUUCACUACACAGCCUUCACAACCUUCGUCCAUUUCGAUUUGGGACUGGCAAUGUGAGCAAUCACUUGGAAGGAAAUUCUCUUGAAAGACCUAUCUUCUCGUGGGAUCAAUGCCUCACAAUGUAGACUUAGCUAAAGAUAUGGCAAAUGGUAGAAAAGGAUUCAUAUAGCCUUUCGCUGAGCAAGCCAUUUUUGGAUUAUUCCCGUGGAUACCUGCAUAUACAAUUGAUUGACCCAAUGGGAGCUGGGGAAGAGAGCACUCCUACAAAGACUUCAAAGCCUCCUUUAACUCAGGAGACACCAACCGCACCUUCAUAUCCUGAUUGGUCAAGCUCUAUGCAGGCUUAUUAUAGUGCUGGAGCUACUCCUCCUUUUUUUGCCUCACCUGUUGCUUCUCCUGCUCCCCACCCAUACAUGUGGGGAGGUCAGGUACAUCCUCUUAUGCCUCCUUAUGGGACUCCAGUUCCAUAUCCAGCUUUAUAUCCUCCUGCCGGAGUUUAUGCUCAUCCUAACAUUGCCACGCCGGCUCCAAAUUCUGUGCCGGCAAAUCCUGAAGCAGAUGGGAAGGGGCCUGAAGGAAAGGAUCGGAAUUCAAGUAAAAAGUUAAAGGUCUGUUCUGGUGGUAAGGCAGGCGACAAUGGGAAAGUUACUUCAGGUUCCGGAAAUGAUGGUGCCACACAAAGUGAUGAAAGCAGAAGUGAAGGUACAUCAGAUACAAAUGAUGAAAAUGAUAACAAUGAAUUUGCUGCAAACAAGAAGGGAAGCUUUGAUCAAAUGCUUGCAGAUGGAGCCAGUGCACAGAAUAAUCCUGCGAAAGAGAAUCACCCGACUUCUAUACAUGGAAAUCCUGUCACCAUGCCUGCAACUAACCUAAAUAUUGGAAUGGACGUGUGGAAUGCAUCAGCUGCCGGUCCUGGAGCGAUCAAAAUACAGCAAAAUGCAACUGGUCCAGUUAUAGGACAUGAAGGAAGGAUGAAUGAUCAGUGGAUUCAGGAGGAACGUGAACUUAAAAGGCAAAAGAGAAAGCAAUCUAAUAGGGAGUCAGCUAGGAGGUCGAGGCUCCGCAAGCAGGCAGAGUGUGAAGAGCUACAACGUAGAGUAGAAGCUUUGAGCCAUGAGAAUCAUUCACUCAAAGAUGAGCUCCAACGGCUCUCUGAGGAAUGUGAGAAGCUUACCUCGGAGAAUAAUUUAAUUAAGGAAGAGUUAACGCUACUUUGUGGACCAGACGUUGUGUCUAAGCUGGAGAGAAACGAUAAUGUCACACGUAUUCAAUCUAAUGUUGAAGAAGCUAGUUAAGGAGAAGUGGAAAAGCCAGGACUGAGUAGGUGAUUUUUGUUACAAAGUGCUCACAGAUCAUUGCCUUUUUGGUGCAGUGUUUGUUGUCCUACUAACCUAUACCCUCCUUUAACUCCCUUUCUGAGUAUGACUGUAACAUAUAUUUCUUAUGAUUCUAACCCCAGUGUUAAAAGAGUCUUGAGUCUGUUUAACUUAGUCUUUAAAUUAACUUCAGUAGCUCAGAAAGUCUUCAAGUGAAUGUUAACGAGGCACCCAACCACAUGGGUUGUGGUACCCUGGUGGAAUUGCUUUAGCUUUAACUAGAUGUCUCAAGUUUGAGCCUUAGAUAUGUUCUAUAAUUUCAAACGACAUGAAUUUCUUUGAAAA